AUGUAUGCUUUGUUUUACACUAGAUCGGACAUCUGUCAUGCAGUGGGAGUUGUGAGCAGAUACCAGUCGAACCCCAAAAGAGAACAUUGGAUAGCAGUAAAGCACAUAGUGAAAUAUCUUCGACAAACUAGGGAUUAUAUGCUAGUCUACUCGGGUGGAGUUCUGAAGUCGUUAGGCUACACCGUAUCUAAUUUUCAGACUGAUGUCGAUGACAAGAAGUCAACGUAUAGAAUGAUAUUUGUUCUUGGGGGUGGAGCUGUGAUAUGGAGAAGCAUAAAGCAAUCCACGUUCUCAGAUUCUACCAUGGAGGUUGAGUACAUAGCUGCUUCUGAGGCAGCUGAGGAUGUUUUAUAUAGAUCUUGGUGUUAUUCGAGAAAUGGAUAA